CACAAAAGGGGGCAAACACACCUUUCUUCCUUCUGCUGCGCCUUGUAAAAAAAAAUCCCCAUUAGUAUCGUACUUGCCAGUCGUUGUGAUCAUCCGCAGUCGUUGAUAUAAUCAGCAAUCAUGAAGAAAAUAGCUUUGAUUUCGUAAUUUUCUAUGAAUUCUUCAAUUCUUCUUCUCGUUUACGGCCGCCGCGAUUCCAGGGCUUUCAGGGCGCACCGACAGCGAAAGGUUUUCUCGUCCGCUGAAGCUGUCAGUCAAUUCCACCGUCAACUCGGGAAACAAUUCGCACUCUUUCCGCGCCUUCUCCAUGCAGAUCGUGGGCAUCUCCUCCUUAUUAUAGUGUUUAAUUACGGCCGCGAGUCCAGGCUCCAUCGACAGCGGCUGACACGGUUAUCCUCCUCCUCUGCUGCUGUCAGUCAAUUCCCCCGUCAAGAGAGAGUCAAUUCGGCGUCGUCCUGCUAUAUUUCCGCGCCUCCUCCAUGGGCAUCUCUUCCUCAUUAUUAUAGUGUUUUAAUGUUGUUGCUGAGUGAUCGGCCAAAUGAUGCAGGUAUCGGACCCGUACAGCGCCCAGCCCCUCUUUGACAAGUUGACCCACGUAGCCGUGAAGACAGGCUCCCUGCACCGCUUCGCCAGGAAAAGGAACCUGAUCGACAAGGUCAAGUUCUGCUGGAACAUCAACGUCGUCUACGACAAGGGCCUCAGGAUAAGCUUUAAAAAUGAGCUUCAGCAGAUUCUAAAGAUCUUGUAUAAAAAGUGUGAUGAUCAUGGCAAAUCUGAAAAAUUGGCACUGGAGGCUAAAGAAAAGGGAUCAAAGGAAUACGUAAAGAAGAAGGAUGUUGAUGCUCAACAUAGCUUCACAGAAAGUCUAAGAUUGGCUCCUGAGGAUUCCCCUGUUCUUCCCCUUGCAUAUGGCAAUCGUUCUGCUGUUCUCUUCCAGCUGAAAAAAUACAAGGAGGCUCUUACAGACAUCAAGAGAGCAGUUGACAGUGGAUAUCCAAACUCGAUUUUGCACAAGUUGUUACCACGCCGAUGUUUAUGCUUUAUAAAGUUGGGCGACAAGAUUCGUGCAGAAGCAGCACUUGAGCUAUGCAAGAAACAUGUAUCAGUCAUUCCUAGUGAAGCCAAAGAGAAAUAUCAGAAAACUCUCCAGGAUUUGGAAAAGAAGGUUAAAGAAUUGCAGCCUGGCAUAACUGCAAAGCCCGAUGAACCAUUACCACUACCAGCCCUCUACAAGGGAGAAAGCUCAAAUGUCACAUACAUGUCUUGUGCCUUAGAGAUGAGGGUGAAUGAACCAUUUGGACGGUAUGUUGUUGCAGCAGAGCCAAUCCAGAGGGGAUCAGUUGUUUUUGUAGAGAAGCCAUAUGCAGCAAUCCUCUUGCCAGAAUAUCAUCUUACUCACUGUCACAGCUGUUUUAUGCCAACUGCUAAUCCUAUACCGUGUCGUUCUUGCCGUGAUGCCAUAUUUUGCAAUGAAGAAUGCCGAGAGAAGGCACAUGUGUGGCACCAAUAUGAAUGUGGUAUUCUUCACAUUCUGUCUGCUGUUGGUAUUGCUCACUUGGCACUUCGAGUGAUUCUUGUCACUGGAUGGAAGGUGUACUCUAAAAUCAGCACCGAGGAUGUCAAGGAUAGAAUACCAGGCCUUAAUAAUCAUAGAGUCUAUGGUGGUAGAAAUCCUACGGAUGCUUAUCGUGCCGUUUACCACCUGAUGCCACACCUUGACACUAGCUGUCCAGAAGACCAACUACAGUAUUGUUUAGCUGCUCUCCUUUUGUCAUCUGCGGUUCUGGAUAAGACACUUUUCUCGAAACAGAAGAACGACGGUCAAGACAUUACUGUUAUUCAGCUUGGUACAGCCGUUAUGAGGCACAUUGCUCAGCUAGUUGCCAAUGCACAUGCUAUCACCCAAGUUGUAUCUGAAAGACCAGAUGAAUCUUCACAUUUUGAAACAGUAGCUCAAAAGAGAAUAGCUUCAGCCAUCUACCCAACAGCUAGCUUAAUGAAUCACUCCUGUCAGCCCACCAUUAUCAACAGCUUCAUUAAUGAAUGGCUGGUGGUAAGGACAAUUCAAGAUGUUAAACAAGGAGAACAAGUUUAUAAUUGCUAUGGUCCCCAUUAUUGCAGACAGACUUACAAAGAACGACAAGAAAUACUGAAACAUCAAUAUUUCUUUCUCUGCCUUUGUGGUCCCUGUUCUCAGCCACAGUAUAGACUAAGAGAGGCUGCAUGGAGUGGAUUCCACUGUGAAUCUUGCAAAGGCAUAUCUACUUGGACUGUCAAUGGAAAGAGAACUACAGACGAUUCCUCUAGCAAUCAUGGCCUUAUGGCUUGUCUAGAAUGUCACAGGAUGGAAAAACCUUCUCACGAACUUGUGCAGAUUUGUACAAAAGUCAGUGCCUUACAUGAGGAUGCUGAGGAUGCAUGGCAGAAGGGAGAUCUUUCUAAUGCAAUCAUGAAACUCAGAACUGCAAUUAAACUGGGAUCAAAAGUGUACUUAUCACAAAAUCACUUCUUCCUUACUCUGAAAGACACCCUUGCGAAGAUGCUAGCAGAAUCAGGUGAUUUUGUGGCUUGUUGUGAUAUAUUGAGGGAAUGUGUCCGGUCUGUGGAGUAUCGUUACGGAUCACAGAGUGUUGAGCUAGGUCAUGAGUUACUGAAGUUUUCUGAUGUUUUGGAGCAAGCUGCUGCCAAAGAUGACCGAUUUAAUGGUGAACUCCAUAUGGUGACAUCCAGGAUUGACAAGAUUUUUACCAUAAAUUAUGGACCACUUUGGAAAAAAUACUUACGACUCUAAGUAUUGUAUUUUUUUCUUUUAAACUUAGAUAAUUCAA